AUAUGUGUUGCUGAUUAUUAACAUUUUCUACAUCAAUAUAUCGCGAUGUCAGGUGAUAAAUCUGGCAAUAAGGCCAAACAAACUAGCCUUAUACAUCAGAUACGCCAGAGGUUUCGCGUACCGUCUAUUUGGUUGGCUCCAGCUAGGGCUGAUGCUCCGCAGCGCUGGCGUACGUCAGUAGGUGGCUUUGAUCCUGCUACCCCUUACGCCGAGGCUCUCAUUAACUACCACAACCAUGCUGUUUCAUUCAUGAUUUUUGUGGUUGUUACCGUCAUCGUAAGCAUCAGGAAGUAGAAACUUACACU